AUGAACUUGCUCGAACAUGGUUUGAGCAUGGAACGAAAAGAUUUCCUCAAUCUCCAUCGCUCUCUCGCCCAGAACAUGGCAUUUGAGUACUCGUUGGAACAACUCAGAGGACCUCGAUCGGAGACAACUGGGCAACUGGUCUCCUCUCCCGCCGACCAUCCGAAAAGCAAACCUGCGUCUGGCAAGCCACCCAGUACCGAAUAUCAACGUAGUGGAAAAUACCAAGCACCUGAGACUACAUCCUCCGAGAUUUCUCCACCGAAGAAAAGAAAGGCAGAGGAUGAUUCAUCGACGGUCCCACAACGAAGAAGGACUAUGAUCCCUCGAAUCACCGACCGGCCGGCAUUGUCACGACCCGCAAUUCCAACCCAGGCUACUGAGGUUGAGCCGGCAAAAGCUUUGACAACCAUUCUGAGAACCAAGUUUGGUGCCCGCCUGCAACGCGAGUCCACCUUCUUGCCAGGAGCGGAGGUCUUUCAACGUCGACGGAGGAUGUGUGCACUCUAUGGCCAGGGACUCAUCGAUGCUCUUCAGGCCGAACAGAACCAUAAAGACGACUUCAAUACCAGGCUGCAUGAGACAGUUCGCUCAGUCUACACAUUCUCACAACAACAACGCGACCGUAACGGGAACAAGUACAAUCUCAUCGAGCUUGCAGCGUAUCUUUCUGGACAGCUUGGUCUUCCCUUGACUCUUUACCUUGAAACUGCUGAAAUGGCUUCCAGGGUCACUACCGAUUGGAUCAACCUCUACACUCUGUAUGUGAAGACUCAGGUGCAGAUUUGGUAUAAUCUGCGGGCUCGGGUAGGGAGGCCGUUCCAAGACAACCCUAGGGCCCGGCACGACGUUUUCGAGUCCUUGUGGAGUUCUGAGACCGUGUCAGGGAAUUUUUUUGACGCACUGCGAUCACUCUGGCUGAAGGUGAAUUCCCAAGGCAUACUUUGA